AUGACCAUGCGCACCAACAAUGAUCCCAACGGCAUUGCUGAAAUCAACAGAGACCUAGUUGGCCUUGUUUUGGUCCUCUUUCUCGUUCUGGCUUUUCUGCUUCUUGGCUACGCUACACGACUCGACGCCCGCCGUGUCCAACCCGAUGCCUUCUCCCAGAGGCUCCUGCAAGACCGCCUUCGACACGAACACAGUACCGGACCAUGGGUAUCAUUAAGGGAUUUGAUUAUUUCUUUUUGGGAUGGAGCUACAUCACCGAUCUUAUGGCUCCUUGAACUUCUUGUACGGAUAUCUUUACCAAUCUCCCGAUGGCUUGUCCCAGUGGUCGCAAGCGUUAUUUGUACGAUUGUCUUGGUGGCUUUCGCUUCGGCAGCUACGUUGAUUGUUGUGGUCACUGCCGGAGUUCUGCUCGUGAAGGACAGACAAAAGCGGAAUGCCAGGAAGAGACGCUAUGUGAUUACCAAAAUGCCUGGCCGGUCAGCGCAGCCUUCCAGAGCCAACUUCGCAAAAUGGCGACUGCUGAAACAACACAUUCGUCGUGAGAAUGCAACCUUGGGGAAAUAG